CCGAGGUCCGUUGCAAGAAGGAUUUUGUUUCUCCACUUGGAAAUGACACCCUAGGUCACCACUCUUGGACUGAACCUAAAUACCUUAUGUACCUAGGUGCGCAGGUUCAUUAUCAAUCCACAUCCUGGCGACAUUUGCAGCCCUUGCCAGUGCUUGCUAGAACAAACUCAACCAGAUGUUACCAGCAGGAUCGAUUCAAUACUAGUAGCUCAAAUCAUCAACACCCACCAACAGCCAAGCUCUACUAGGGUCACCCCGAACAAUUCGGAUUCUCUCGAUGAUACCCCUGGACUAGACUCUCCCAAUCUUCAGAGCUGAGAGCCUUCUAAGGUUGCCGCCUCUAGUUCACUAUGAAUCCAUCCGCGGAUCACGAAAGCGAUAUGGUAGCUUUAGAAAGUUUGGGCGGUGCCUGUUCUGUCGCUCUCACAACCGUGCUUGGCCAACAGAAGGUGCUCACUCCGGGAACCACUGCAUACACCGACGCUCUCGAAUCCUAUUUCUCGGUCCAACAAGAGUCGAUGCGACCAGCCUGUAUUGUGUCACCGCAAAAUGUCCAAGACGUCUCAAUCGCUGUGAAGAAACUGGUUGAGCUGCACGACCAGGGGCAGUCGUGCCUGUUUGCCAUUCGCUCAGGCGGGCACACGAGCUGGGCGGGCGCCUCCAACAUCCAGGGCGGUCCAGUCAUCGAUCUUCGUGCCCUUGAUGCCAUCCAUCUCUCCUCGGAUAAGUCGACAGUUGAGGUUGGAGUUGGCGCUACCUGGGGCGACGUAUACUCGGCUCUCGAUCCUGUCGGGCUGAGUGUCAAUGGUGGCCGAGCCUCUACACCUGGGGUCGGUGGCCUGACGCUCGGCAGUGGUGUAUCUUAUACUUCACCGCGUUACGGCUUCACCUGUGACACAGUGACAAAGUUCGAAGUGGUGUUAGCAGAUGGGUCCAUUGUCGAGGCAAGUGGGAGCAACAAUCAAGAUUUGUUCUGGGCUCUCAAAGGCGGAGUCAACAACUUUGGCAUCGUCACCCGAGUCACUCUGCAAACUUUCCAACAAGAACCUGUGUGGUCCGGUACUUUGUAUUCCCUGGGUACUUACGCAGACGACGUCAUCCGCAAUUUCGUGAACCUCAACUCCGCUACGUCCUACGAUGAGUAUGCCUCGGUCAUUACCUCUUUCGGCUACAAUGCAGCAUCGAACAUGACCACUGUUGUGAAUCUGCUCCAGUACACCAAAGACGUCGCAGACGACGCACCGCCCGCAUUUGAAGGCUUCUUGGCUAUACCCACGAUUUUCAAGGACACGAAGGUUGCGAGUAUGAGGGCUACCACCGAUGUAACAGCCACACAAAAUCCGGCAGGAGUUAGAUCUUUGACUAUGGCCACUACGCUCGUGUCCACUGAGACGGUCCUCAAAGCCGCAUACGCUGAGUGGGAGGCAUCCUACCCAGCAGUGACGAAUGUGACCAACGUCUUCACUCUCAUCCUGGAACCCCUUCCACCAGCGAUCUACAAGCGCCAUGCCACGGAAAACGCACUGGGCCUAGGUGACCGCACGGACUCACUCGUCAUAGUUGAGUUGUUCGCCUCCUGGACGAAUGCCGCCGACGAUGCGCUCGUUCAGCGCACCUUGCAUGACCUGCUCAGGGCUAUUAACAAGGCUGCGGAAGAGCUGGGUGCCCUGGACCCAUAUAUCUUUGCAAAUUAUGCUUACAAAGAUCAAGACGUCAUGGGAAGCUAUGGCGCUGCCAGCCUGAGUAAACUGAAGCAAGUGAGGGACAGGGUUGACCCGAAGAGAAUCUUCACAAAUCUGGUCCCCGGCGGAUAUAAAAUCUUGGGAUGAUUUUAAGCCGCCACGUGCAAGCACUUUUGCAUGGCCCAUAAUGUAGUCCUAUUGGGAACCAAUGAGGUUUAGAUAUACAAGUAUCUAGUUUCGCUUCUAUUCCGUAUAACUACAUCCGAAGACAUACAUCGCCUUGUCAUAUAGCGGUCAACGCUCAAGACAUUUCGCUUCUAAAGAUGAUACAACCGAUACAGGCUACACGAUACGUACUCUACCCCAAUCACUUUUUGGAAAAUGCUCUGGUCCGUCCCAUUGAUAACCGGUUGCUGUUCCAACUCUGACCAUCUCCCCAGAACCUUCGUCCUUCGGCGUAACAACCACAGCUAUCAAAAACUGGGUCUUGACCACAGCUAAUAGGGGGAUCAAAGAGUACUCCCCCCCGUCUUUGAUUUGGUAUCUCCCGUCGUUAUGCCACCACAGCUUCAGAGAACCCGCAACGACCGAGCUUCCCUCAAAGCCAGCUGGAAUUUUGGUGCAAUUCAAGUCCACGAAGCCACUAGUAAUCGGACCUGUCGUAGACGGGCCGCGAAGGGCACAGUGGGCGUCCAGCACUGCCGCUAGUGUGUGUAGACCCUCUUCGCUGUCACGUGUCACCUCGCACAAAUCGACCCCAUAAGAAACAGGCACGUCCAAGGAUGCCCAGGACCAGGUAGGGGCCGUCCAAUUCUGGCCUUCCGCGUGGGCGGGGGUCCCCUCGUCUAAUACAUGCCAGCACAUGUCGGUAACGAAAGAAUUCUCCCAUAAACCUGCCCAGUAUCUUUGCCGGGUUGCUUCCUGGAACCUGUUUGCCAGUCCGGAGAGCGCAGGCAGCUUGUCGGCGCGGAACGAGAGCUGCAAGUGGGAAUAUUGUUCCACCACCUGGCGCCACUGCAUUUGGACCAGAUCCGCAGGGAAUUCGCAGAUCUGAGAAAACUUUCCCUUUUGGACUUCGUUCUCUCCAUGUUCAGCUCCACCACACUCGCACGUGCGGCAGUGCUGACAGUCCCAGAACAGCUCCUGCCUACCGAGAUAGAGCGUCCGGGGCGAUAACAUACGCUCCUGAUACACCCAACCUCUCGUCAGCAAAGGAAAAUCAGGAUACAACUCGAUGUUCGGGUCCCUUGGGAAGUGGUCCAACCCAUAGGUCAUGACGGG